AGAAUGCAGAAGAAAACUGACUAGCUAGCUCCAGCUGGCUUUUCGUAGCGAUUGAAUUAACAAAGGCGGUUUUUAAUUUAAUUUAUUAUACUGAAUUAUAGCUUGCAAAGUGGCUUGUCCACAUCAACCUGAAAGUCUUUUUAUCUGGUUACAGCCUGAGCAAGAGAUCAACUUGGCGCAUCCCAAGGAAGUCCUGAAGGAUUUUGAACCGAGGAAAAAAUAAACCCCGAGGCUUUGAUCUUGGCCUCCAUUUGUGGAAGUAUUGAGGUUAAAGACGAUAAGAAAGUGUGGUCAGAGAUAGUAGUUUAUUUCCUUUGUCAAUAUUGGGACUAGGGAGAUACGCGUUUGUACCUGGAUUAGUUUUUCUCUCCCAAGAAGAAUGGCGUCCUACGUGGAUAACAGUUUCAGGCAAGCGGUGAUGAUGGACCCGGCCGACCGAACGCAACAGGAUCUGGAAAUAGUGUACUCCUAUCUCCAUGGGAUGGAAGCCCUAUCCAAUCUAAGAGAACACCAGCUAAGGUUGAUGUGCGAGUCGGUGCGGUACGAGAGGCACGAGGCCAACGAGGUGUUAUACUACCCGGACGACAUCGGCACAUGCUGGUAUAUUCUCCUGUCUGGUUCAGUAUUCAUCAAAGAGUCCAUGUUUCUGCCCAGAAGCAGCUUCGGCAAGCGUUCGGCAGGCAGCCUGAGACGCGGGUGCGAGUGCAUCGUGUUGGAGCCCUCCGAGAUGAUCGUGGUGGACUAUAUGGAUGAAAAUGAGGAGUACUUCCAGAGGCAAGCGUCGCACCGGCAGUCCCGCAGGAGGUUCCGGAAGAUCAACCAGAAGGGGGAGAGGCAGACCAUCAUCGACACGGUGGACCCCUACCCUGUCGGCAAGCCACCAUUACCCAAAGGCUAUCACACGGAAUGCUCUAAAUCUCAGCUUCCCGCGGAUUUCAGCAAGCUGCACCUCAGCGACGGCCUGCACCCGCAGGUGACCCACGUGUCCUCCAGCCACUCAGGAUGUAGCAUCACCAGCGACUCUGGGAGCAGCAGCCUGUCGGAUAUUUAUCAGGCCACGGAGAGCGAGCCCGGUGACAUGGACCUGAGCGGGCUGCCGGAGACGGCGGUGGACUCGGAGGAGGACGAUGAUGAGGAGGAUAUCGAGCGGGCCUCCGACCCGCUGAUGAGCCGGGACAUCGUGCGGGACUGCCUGGAGAAGGACCCCGUGGACCGGACGGACGAUGACAUCGAACAGUUACUUGAGUUCAUGCACCAGCUGCCCGCCUUCGCCAACAUGACGAUGUCGGUGCGGAGGGAGCUGUGCGCCGUCAUGGUGUUCGCCGUGGUGGAGCGGGCGGGGACAAUCGUUCUCAACGACGGGGAGGAGCUGGACUCCUGGUCGGUGAUCCUGAACGGCUCGGUGGAGGUGACGUACCCUGACGGGCGAACGGAGAUCCUGUGCAUGGGGAACAGUUUCGGCGUGUCCCCCACCAUGGACAAGGAGUACAUGAAGGGGGUGAUGAAGACCAAGGUGGACGACUGUCAGUUUGUGUGCAUCGCCCAGCAGGAGUACUGCUGCAUCCUGAACCAGGUGGAGAAGAACAUGCAGAAGGUGGAGGAGGAGGGCGAGAUCGUCAUGGUGAAGGAGCACCGAGAGCUCGACCGCACCGGCACCCGGAAAGGACACAUCGUCAUCAAGGGGACAGCGGAGCGACUGACAAUGCAUCUCGUGGAGGAACACUCGGUGGUGGACCCCACGUACAUCGAGGACUUCCUGCUGACCUACAGGACCUUCCUGUCCAGCCCCAUGAUCGUGGGCAAGAAGCUCCUGGAGUGGUUCAAUGAUCCCAGCCUCAGGGACAAGGUUACACGGGUAGUGUUGCUGUGGGUAAACAAUCACUUCAAUGACUUUGAAGGAGACCCUGCCAUGACUCAUUUUCUUGAGGAAUUCGAGAACAAUCUAGAGAGGGAGAAAAUGUGCGGGCAUCUGAGACUGUUAAAUAUUGCCUGCGCUGCUAAAGCCAAACUGAGGCUGGUGACCCUCACCAAGGCCUCCCGGGAGGCCCCCCUGCCCUUCACCCUCCUGGGGGGCGCGGAGAAAGGCUUCCGGAUCUUCAUUGACAGCGUGGAGCCCGGCAGCAAGGCCGCCGAGGCCGGCCUCAAGCGCGGCGACCAGAUACUGGAGGUCAACGGCCAAAACUUCGAGAACGUCCAGCUCUCCAAAGCCACCGAGAUCCUGAAGAACAACACUCACUUGUCUAUCACUGUGAAAACAAACCUGUUGGUGUUCAAGGAGCUGCUGGCCCGGCCGGCGGAGGAGAAGAAGAACGGGGCGCCGCACCUGCCCAAGAUCGGCGACAUCAAGAAGGGCAGCCGCUACUCCAUCCCGGACCUGGCCAUGGACGUGGAGCAGGUGAUGGGCCUGGAGAAGGCCAGCAAGAAGACGAAGGCCAACACCGUUGGGGGCCGGAACAAGCUGAAGAAGUUCCUGGGCAAAACCCGCAUCAGCAUCCUGCCCCAGAAACCUUACAAUGACGUUGGGAUUGGCCAGUCUCAGGACGACAGCAUCGUGGGAUUGAAGCAGUCCAAUCAGAUCCCCCCCGGGCUCCCGGUCAGCGGAAACCUGUCCUCCAGUAACCCCGACCUGCUGCAGUCCCACCACCGCAUCCUGGACUUCAACAACCCGCCAGACUUGCCGGACCAGGUCCUGAGGGUGUUCAAGGUGGACCAGCAGAGCCGCUACCUCAUGAUCAGCCGGGACACCACGGCCAAGGAGGUGGUGGCCCAGGCCAUCCGCGAGUUCGCCCUGACCGCCGAGCCCGAGGCCUACUCCCUGUGUGAGGUGUCCGUCACGCCCGAGGGCGUCAUCAAACAGCGGCGGCUGCCCGACCAGCUCUCCAAGCUGGCCGACAGGAUCCAGCUCAGUGGCAGGUACUACCUGAAGAACAACAUGGAGACGGAGACGCUGUGCUCGGACGAGGACGCGCAGGACCUGCUGCGGGAGAGCCAGCUGUCCCUGCUGCAGCUGAGCACGGUGGAGGUGGCCACGCAGCUCUCCAUGCGCAACUUCGAGCUCUUCUGCAGCAUCGAGCCCACCGAGUACAUCGACGACCUGUUCAAGCUGCGCUCCCGCACCGGCUCGGCCAACCUCAAGAGCUUCGAGGAGGUCAUCAACCAGGAGACCUUCUGGGUGGCCUCGGAGAUCGUGCGCGAGCCCAACCAGCUGAAGAGGAUGAAGAUCGUCAAGCACUUCGUCAAGAUCGCCCUGCACUGCCGGGAGUGCAAGAACUUCAACUCCAUGUUCGCCAUCAUCAGCGGGUUGAACCUGGCUCCAGUGUCCAGGCUACGGGGCACAUGGGAGAAGCUGCCCAGCAAAUACGAGAAACUGUUCCAGGACCUGCAGGACCUGUUCGACCCGUCCAGGAACAUGGCCAAAUACCGCAACGUCCUCAACAACCAGAACCUACAGCCUCCCAUAAUCCCCCUCUUCCCUGUCAUCAAGAAGGACCUGACAUUUCUGCAUGAAGGCAAUGACUCCAAAGUGGACGGUCUGGUGAAUUUCGAGAAGCUGAGAAUGAUUGCUAAAGAGAUCAGGCACGUCGGGCGCAUGGCUUCCGUGAACAUGGACCCCGCUCUGAUGUUCAGGACAAGGAAGAAGAAGUGGAGGAGUCUGGGGUCGCUGAGCCAGGGCAGCGCCAACGCGGCCGUGCUGGACGUGGCGCAGACGGGCGGCCACAAGAAGCGCGUGCGCCGCAGCUCCUUCCUCAACGCCAAGAAGCUGUACGAGGACGCGCAGAUGGCCCGCAAGGUCAAGCAGUACCUGUCCGACCUGACGCUGGACACCAGCGAGGACAGCCUGCAGGCCAUGUCCCAGCAGUGCGAGCCCUCCUCCAACACGCUGCCCAAGAAUGCCAGCGACAAGAAGAGGCCAGACACGUCACCUGUGGUCCCUCGGGCCUCCAUACAGCAGAAGCAGCAGCAGCAGAAAGGAAACCAGGCCCUUCAGGUCCCUGCGGUGCCGCUCCACCCGUCCCGCAAGAAAGUGCCUGUGAAGGACCUGCCACCUUUCGGCGCAAGUUCACCUCAGUCCUUGAAGAAAAUCCUGUCCUUAUCGGAGGAGGCGGGGGAGCGGCACAGAAGGCAGACAGAAGACACGAUAUCUAACACCUCCUCCCAGCUGUCCUCCCCUCCCACCUCCCCACAGAGCUCGCCCAGGAAAGGUUACCCCGGACCGGCGGACAGCUUCUCGGACUCGGGGCACAGCGAGAUCUCAUCCAGGUCCAGCCUGGUCAGCAACUCGUCCUUCGACCUGGCGCACGACGAGCGGAGGCAACGGCACUCGGUCAGCGCGGUGGACCCUCACCUGGGCUGCGGCAGGAUGGAGCGGCGCGCCACGCUGGACCCAGAUCAGUACAGCCUCGGCUCGUACUCCUCGAUGCACGAGGUCCGGAACCUGUGCGGCGGGGCGACGGUGCUCUCGUCGCCGAGCUCGGAGGAGCUGACCCAGGACCAGGGCGACCGCGCCUCGCUGGACGCCGCCGACAGCGGGCGGGGCAGCUGGACGUCCUGCUCCAGCGGCUCCCACGACAACAUCCAGACCAUCCAGCACCAGCGCAGCUGGGAGACGCUGGCCUUCGGCCACGGCCACUACGACGGCCCUGCCGAGGGGGCGGGGCUGUGGGGCGGGGGCGGGGCCGGCGGCGGCGGCGACCCUCUCGGGUUUCCCGAGCACGGCGGCAGGGACGGGCGGGGCGGCGGAGGCCAGGAGGCGGGGCAGGCACGGGGCAGCUGGGCCUCGUCCACCGCCUACUGGGGGGAGGACACGGAAGGGGACACGGGGACCAUCAAGCGGCGGGGCGGGAAGGACGUCAGCGCCGACCCCGAGACCAGCAGCAUCACGUCCACUGGCUCCGAGGACUCCAAACAGCACAGCCGGCCCUCACACAUCACAGUGUCCUGCAGCAACGCUAAAGGACUCAUCUCACGAAAGGAGGGCAGAUUUCGAGAGCCUCCCCCGACGCCCCCCGGCUACACGGCCCUGACCAUUUCGGACUUCGGCGAGGGCCAGCCCCACUCUGGGCGGCGGCCGCCCGACUACAACGUGGCGCUGCAGCGCUCGCGGAUGGUGGCGCACUCCUGCGACUCGCCCCUGCCGCCCCCCCAGGCGGGCGCGGGGUCUCGACCCGCCAGCCGGCCGCAGUGGAGCAAAUCCACAGACUCGGACCCGCGGGCCCACCGCGCCCACUCGCAGGCGGAGGACGAGGGUGAGUCCGUGUCUCCCAAACUUAUUCCCCUGAGGAAGCCAGUGGCCAGGUCCCCUGAGACAACCAGGCCGUGACUAACAGUCAGGACAGAGGCAGGUAAAAACUAAAAAACCACACCCCCCCCCUCCCCCCCCAGUUAUGCAUCGCUUUGAACGGUCUGCAUGCCAAGCGCGUUGUUGCGCUGGUGACGUCCACAGCACUCUGGACCCGUGUGUCGAGCCCCUGCAUGUGUCUCGAGGCACUGUCAUUUCGUGACGUCGGCCAUCCUGACGCCCAUCGACUCACAGAGCGAAUGCCGUGAUAGCGCCAUCUUGUGUUGAUACGCAUAUGCUAUUUUUUUUGUCCUGCCUGCCAUUCUGUGUUUGGUGUUCUGAGGAAGUCACUUUAAAUUUUGCACACGCACCCCUCGUCGUAAGUGGAAGCCUGUCUGUGGGAGUCACGUGUGCACCGUGAGGCGUAAGACUGACACCAGCCUUCCAUUGUUCAUUUUGAUUGGCGUGUCGUUCUUAAACGAACUCUCAGUUGCUGUUUCAGGUAUGACACCAGGAUAAAGAAAUUAAUAACAGUUUUAGUUAAGACUUGUUUCGGUAAAUUGAAAAUGGCUCGAUAUAUUGUUGGAAAGUCUCCAAGAGCCAAUGACUGUGGAUUCAGAAGCCACCUGUUUUUCAUUAAUAGUUUUAUGGUAACUUUGCCACAAAAAGUAGUGAGACAUAAGCUUCACUGAUACAUUUUAAUUCUUCUCAAGAUAAGGUAAGUGGUCUGGAAGGCAGUGCUGUCUCAGUUCAUGCCAUUUUUGCACAACUUCAUGUACAAAUGAACAGGGGGUGGUAACCAUUUCUCUCUCUUCCUCCAUAGAAGAUGAACAGGUGUCAGCUGUCUGAGAAGGUCGUCCCCUGCUGGACGCAUUUAGCCGUGGCCUGAAGCCACCAUGUUCGGGGAGCACAAUGGACACUAAACCCCCGGGGGCCCCAAAGCCCUGUAUGCCGGGCCCCUCUGGUCUCCCUCUCUGCCUUAAAGCAGCAGGGACGUUUGAGUCCCCAACAUAGAAGACUGUACUGUGAAAGAAGACUAAAAAAAAAAAAAGAAGAAACUAAUAACGCCUUCGCACUUUGGAGAACUGCGUCGCUUGAAACACACACACACACACACAGCGGUGGAAGACUGUCCCAGCUAACCGCUGUCACUGUACACCAGAAACACCGUUCCGACAUUCCCUUUCCUGUUUACACACGCCAUCACAUCACGUGUCGAGACCUUCGGCUGCACUUUUUAAUUUUCUAUUUUAAUAAUAAUAGUAUUAACGAUUUAAAACAAAAAAAAAAAAAAGUAAUGGCCUUUUUGGCUCUCGGCUUCCUCUAGGAUUUUGUCCGAAUUGUUGCACCCUGGAUAAAGACAAGCAAAGACUGUGAACCAGGUUCUGUUCGCAGUUUUUAUGUCACUAUUGUGCUUGUGGAAGAGAUAAGUCUCUCGUGUCCAUGAUGACAGUAUUAUCCUUCUUCUUCUUCUUAAUUUACUUUUGACCUUUUUAAUCACGGUAGGGUUCUGUGAUGUUUUAACUGAACUGGGCAGCUCUGUAGAAGGAUGAGAUGUGCCAGAGUGGUGUCCUGUGCGCUGGCUGA